AUGCCAACUUCGCUCAAGAGAUCAGUCAAAUUCAACCCAAACGUCACAGGGGUCGGGACUAUCAGCAUUUAUGAUUAUACGACAAGCGAGAUAGCAGCCACAUGGUACGAUGAGGAAGAAAUGGACAGUAUCACAAGACGCUGUGUCAGGAUAAUCAAGAGAAUGGAAACCAAUGACCUCAAAGAAGGCAAUGCGAAGUACUGCACUCGGGGCCUUGAGGGCCACACUAUGAUAGCAUCCAGCAACAAGAGGAGGAACAGAUCGUCUGCAGUCUCAGCAGUACUGGACGAACAAGCCCGACAGUGGGACGAAAGCAAAGAACAAACAGAUGCUCAAGCCAUUGCUGACGUCUACGCACGAACCACAUCGAGUUGCCAAAUGUGGGCUCAGGUCAUGGGGAACCGUGAUCAAGUGGCGGCUGCGGCAUUCCUCUACAAAGAUGAUGAUGACGAGGAGUCCAAAGAAGUUGUCACUGUUUCGGCAACUACAUCGUCAAACAGCAAAUCAAGAAUAGAGCUCAGUCUUGCGAGCACUGAGCAAAUAACACUGAGAGAAGUUAGAAGGGUCGUUAUUCCUCUUGUGCCAAGUACAAGAUCAGCGACCGCGUGGCUUGUCUGA